GCACCUAAGGCCUUUAUCUACAUGUGUCAUGAAAAAGCUGACAAGUUGCCCUAUCAUUGUGUCGGUGUGACGUUAUAUCCAACGAACCAACCAAACAAACAAACAAACACAUAAUGGGAAUACUGAAUACUAAGUUUAAAUACCGUGAGCAUUUUAAAACCUAUGUUUGGAAACUUUUUAUUUGGAUACAGUAACACUUGUUUAACAAUAUCAUAAACAAAACCGAAAGGAAUCAUUGUAGGGCUGAGUGUUACAAUGGACAGAGCGCUUCAAUAGUUCUAUCGGAUAUUGUGCUCUUACAGUGCUCUUACAGAAAGCCGCAAGCUUAUUUUACCAGUUUCACUUUUAGUGAACAGGAGCAAUUAAUAGGUGAUGUAAUUUAGUUUCGGAAUUUGAAAAAAUAUAAAAAUAUAAUUGUAAUAGAAAAGAAAAGAAAUAAAUUAUCAUGUUUUGAUAUACCAGCAGUGCCGGAUUACGCUCGGGAAUACAUCAAAAUCAAAUAAAAACAAUCUGUGUGUUUUGCUUUUACAACAGUGGAUGUUUGAGUUACUAUUUCAGUUAUGGAGAAUGGUAGUGAAUAUGCUCUUACUUUGGAAAACAACACAUUUGAAGGAUUAAAUAUUACUAACGGAAGUUAUGGAAAAUUCAGAAAACGACAUUUAACAGAAUUUCCAACGGAAUUAAGUAUAACUUUGUAUAGUAUCAUUUUCGUUUUGUCUAUAACAGGGAAUAUUUUGGUGAUUUUAACAAUAAUAAGAGACAAGAAAAUGCGGACUAUAACAAAUUUAUUUCUGUUGAACCUUGCAGCCAGUGACAUGAUGUUGUCUGUGCUAUGUAUGCCGUUUUCUCUCGUGGCAACCACAUUGCUAAGGAACUUUAUUUUUGGUGAAGCAAUGUGCAUUAUAAUAAGAUACUUUCAAGCUGUAUCUGUUGGUGUCAGCUGCUAUACACUUGUAGCCAUUUCUCUAGAACGUUACUACGCCAUAUGUCAACCACUCAGGUCUCGAAGGUGGCAAACGCUUUCACAUGCCCGACGGAUGAUCAUCGGGAUCUGGAUAGCAGUGCUGGCUUUAAUGAGUCCAAUAGCAGCCUUUCAUAGUGUCAUCGAAAUUCGUACCGGCGUUCACGCCUGUCGCGAAAUAUGGCCUGAUACCCUAGUAGAAUACAAAAUGGAGCUAGCCUACAAUGUUGCUUUGUCAAUUUUCCUGUUGCUGAUACCACUACUUAUGAUGGGACUCUUCUACGGAUUGGUCAGCAAGAAGCUGUGGAUAUCAACAAAUCAAUGCAACUAUUCUCCCACCAUAGAGAAUCCAAAAGCUACAACUGAGUAUACGUCUCCUCGUUGUAAGUCCCGGAAGGAUAAGUUUGGAAUUCGGACAUGUUCUGUUGUUAGCAAACGCCCAUCCUUGCAGCCACAUAUUCUGACAAACCGGAAGCGAGUGAUCCGGAUGUUGGUUGUCAUUGUUCUACAGUACUUUAUAUGUUGGACACCGAUAUAUCUUCUUACCACAUGGAAUGCCUUUGACUUCAAGUCCGUCCUUCGUCAUAUUUCACCGAUGGCCAAAUCAUUAAUGCUUCUGCUUGCAUAUACGUCUUCAUUUAUUCAUCCCAUCACCUACGGUUUCAUGAAUAGAAAUUUCAGGCAGGGAUUUAAAAGUCAGUUUCAGUGUACAUCUAGAAAAAGUCCAACAACGAAUUCGUUUCGCAGUAACGAAAAUGGCAGGAAUCUUGUUCACUCUACUGCUUGACUUUCCAAAGAAAAAAUGUCAAUAAUUAUUAUUCCAAGGUUUUAAUUAUUAAUAAAAUGGUUUUAAUAUCAACAUACGAUUUAUAAAAUAUUUAAGAGUGCAAGGGUCAUGCAAAAUGUUCUUUCAUUGGGUUCGGAUUUCUUAAGUGCUACGUUUUAUCAAAAUUAUUCUUUUUACAAACCUUCAAAGUAUAACCCCUUUCCCAUAACACAUUUUUGUAAACUUUUAACCCAACCGCGAAAAGCAAAUAGUCCUUAUUUUGGCAUUUGCCGGAGACGAUGAUAAAUGGCGCUGCCAAGAGAACUUCUGAACUUCAAGAAAGCAUUUUCUUAAGCCUCUGUUCAGAUGAAUAAAGAGGAUGGUUUACACCUUCCGCCUUUUCAGAAACCAAAAAAGACUCAACUUGUGGGAGGAGACGUUGUCGUGUAUAAGAUGGACUCCUGUCCAUCUUUUGAUUGAACGUUUCCUAUUGUAAAACUCUUUCACUUUCUUCAGUACAGAGUUCUUGUAGAAUCUUCCAGUGACUGUAUGUCAAGAUGGACAAUUCAGGAAAAUUGCGUACAACAUCUUUUUCGAACUUAUGGUUCUUUUAGCAAUACAGGAGCAUAUUUUAUCUUUUCGCUUCCAUUGCUUUUUAUCAGCCCUUCGUCUCUGUGGCUCAAACAUGUGCACCCAGGUUUCGUCACCUGUUAGCAAGUUAGAAAUAACCCGACUGUCACGACCUCUGUAUGUUUUCAGAAGUUCCCCGGUACAUUUAAGGCGCUGUUUCUUUCGCUGCUCAAUGAGCAAAUGAAGAACACACCUAGCGCAAACACUUCUCAGGUCCAAGCGCUUUUUCAUAAUUGUUUGCAAACUGCCUUCUGAUAUGCUAUAUCUGUUACCGACAAUCGUGCAUCCUGUUCAACCACAUCUUUUACAGCAGCGAUGUUUGCCUUGGUAACAGAGGUUUAAGGCCUACCAGAACGGGUGUUAUCUUCGACAGCUAAUUUAUCAACUAUAAAAUUUUUAACCCACCUAAAAUAAUCUGUGUGCAUUGAAAUGGCACGAGGUCCAAAUAUACCACACAGUUCAUCAAAUAUCUGCUUUGAGUCUAUAUCAAGCCUAAUGCGGCAUUAAAUAUAGCUAUGAAUUUUAGUAUUUCGUCCAUUUUACGAUGUGACAAGUGCAUUGGUCAGUGUACAAGAUGGCAUGUAUUUCAAUUUUAAACAACUCGGUCAUUUGAAAAGCAAUUUGCAUGGAUAUCGUGAGCUUUUGGACACACCAUUCCAGUACAAUGAAGCGUUUUAUAAUAUACUUAGGAUAAAACUACAGAAGUCUAUUAGUGACGGAAUCUUUUGCAGGACCUUUGUAAUUCACAUAUUGCGUUGGCAAGCUAACGGAUGAGUCCGAAACUGUCAAUCAUUAAUGUUUACAUAAAACAGACUUUCCAGUCGGGACUGUCAAGUACGAUUGACCUAGUCUACACAAUAGUCCGUUGUUUUGUAUGAACAGAAUAACAAUAGAGGGAUAAUAGGAGGAGUAAGAUGAAAUUUAUCGACUAAAACUAGAACUGCCCAUUUACUCCAUCAUUAAAAUACACAAGCUGCCAUGUAAGAAUAUCCUGUGCGGAUAUUUUAUAAAGAGUCAAACGUUGCACCAUAACUUUUAUCUAGCCGUUAAUCUUGUCAGCAUGAGUGUGUAAUCCAUUGAUGUUUUGAGCAUAUUGUACACAAGCAUGCUAAACACAGCAACGUUGGUCAUCGACAAUUUAACAUUGCUGAUGCAUUUUGUCAAAUAAACCACCACAAGACACUCAAUUCUUAUGAUCAUGAAAACGAUAUAAAAUUUGGGGAUACCAUCGACAGUAUAAAAGAUAGCAGACAUACGUCACUGUCAGUAACUUUUGGUAAGGAGGUCGGCCGUCGUAAUGUCUGCAAAGGAACAGAAUAUUGAUAUCCC